UUUACUUAUAAAUCCCCGUAACUAUUUCCUGAAGGUGCGACAGCUCUACACGCUUUAUUUACUUAUAAAUCCCCCGUAACUAUUUGCCUGAAGGUGCUUAGUCUGCCGUCGCACAUACUGUCCAGCAUUCACCUGCAAACGAAUAAUUGGAGAGAUAAGGGAAGCCCUAGAGCUAUUGUUGCGUAGAUUAGAGAGGUGGGUGUUGGUAUUCAAAGAUGGGGAGAGGGAAGAUUGUGAUAAGGAGGAUUGACAACACGACAAGUCGUCAAGUGACGUUCUCGAAGCGGAGAAGCGGGUUGCUCAAGAAAGCGAGAGAACUCUCGAUUCUGUGUGAUGCCGAGGUGGGGCUCAUUAUUUUCUCCAGCACUGGCAAGCUCUAUGAAUAUGCAAGCACUAGCAUGACUACUCUAGUUGAACGUUACAAAAAGCUAAAAGAGGAACAAUAUCAACUUCUCAAUCCAGAUUCAGAAGUCAAGUUCUGGCAAAUGGAGGCAGCACGCCUGAGGCAACAACUGCAGCAUCUGCAUGAAUGUCACAGGCAAUUAAUGGGACAAGAACUAUCUGGUCUCAGCGUAAAAGAACUACAGAAUUUGGAAAACCAAUUGGAAAUGAGCUUGAAGGGUAUUCGUGUGAAAAAGGAUCAAAUUCUGAUCGACGAAAUAAGAGAGCUUAACAGAAAGGGAGAUCUCAUGCAUCAGGAAAAUAGAGAUAUGCAUAAGAAGGUGAAUCUUACUGGCCGUGAAAACACAGAACUACAAUACAAGGUUUAUGGGACAAGUGAUGUGACUCAAGCAAGCAGUUGCUACAUAUCAUACAAUACAAGUGAUGCGCAUGACUUACAUUCACCGAUGAAUCUCCAGUUAAGCCAACCAAGGCCUGAAAAUAGUGGGAAAUCAGCAAAAGUGACAAAAUUGGGAUUGCAACUGCAAUAGCAGCAGUUUGUGGCUAAGGGUGAUAGAUAGACAUUCAUCACCCUCAGUUAGCAGAGAAGAAACUGUCAAGCUUCCAUGAGUGAGAUAUCAUAUUUGACUCUGAAAGAUGUUCUGGUGGAUGUACCUUGAGGCAUGGUGUGAUUCUAUGAUGUCCCAUGAUUUCAGAUUGCUCUGAAUGAAAUCACUGCUAUGUAUGAUUAUAUUUGCAAAAUAAAGGAGGCAACAUUUUCAUUAAAUUUCCUACUCAUCUCAGGCUUGUUGA